UAUGAAAUCGCGCAGUUCGUCGACUUAAUCGGGUAUUUCUCUCUUCGAACACCUCACACAGGCAAGAAGAUGUAUUCCUACAUGGAACAGGCAGUAGCUGUACUUCACGCUCAGAACCAACUUCUGUCCCGUCAUCCAAAUGCCAAUCUCUAUGCAAACUUGGCUCAAUUUGUUGAGCUUGAUGGUUAUUACUUAGAAAGCGAGCCCUGCCUUGUGUGCAACAAUCCUGAAGUUCCAAUGAGUACCAUUAAACUAUCUUCCAUCAAAGUUGAUUCCAAAUUUACCACGACUACGCAAAUUAUUAAGCUCGUUGGCAGCCACACUAUCAGCCGUAUAACCCUUCGUAUUGGAGAUCUAAAGCGUACGAAAAUGGUUCGCUCUAUCAAUGUAUUUUACAACAACAGGACAGUUCAAGCUGUUGUAGAAUUAAAGAACAAACCAGCCAUGUGGCACAAGGCCAAGAAGGUAACCUUGGUUCAGGGCCAAACCGAAGUAAAGAUGGAAUUCCCAUUACCGAUUGUUGCGUGCAACCUUAUGAUCGAGUAUUCCGAUUUUUACGAGAACAUCCAAGCUUCGUCAGAGACUCUACAGUGUCCUCGUUGUUCGGCCAGCGUGCCUGCUAAUCCAGGAGUCUGCGCCAAUUGUGGUGAGAACGUGUUCCAGUGCCACAAGUGUCGAGCCAUCAAUUACGACGAAAAAGAUCCGUUCCUUUGCCAUGCUUGCGGAUUCUGCAAGUAUGCUAAGUUCGACUACACGCUCACCGGUAGACCUUGUUGCGCCGUGGACCCGAUAGAGAGUGAUGAGGAUAGAAAGAAGACUGUUGUCACAAUUAACACUUUGCUAGAGAAGGCUGAUAGAGUUUACAAGACUCUGAUAGCAAAUAAGCCUACACUAGAAAUGUUACUGGUGAAAAUAUCGGAACAUCGAUUGGACAGAUCAUUGGAUGAUGGUGUCACAACCCAAACAACCACUGGCAGCACGCAGGUUAACCGCGCCAUACAGCUGCUUGCCCAAAAAUACUGUGGUGAAUGUAAGAUAUCAUUCGAAGAACUAAGUAAGAUCAUACAACGUGUGCUGGCCUGCAGACGCGAGCUUGUUGCAUACGAUAGAAAUCAACGGGGACAAGGUACCAUACAGUAUCAACGUGCAAGCUGCGUCAGCGAUUGUACAGAGAAAAACACAUCUCCAGCCAAUCCACCAGUUGGAAGGUGUUACGGUUGUGCUUCGUCCGCUACCGAGCACUGCCUCACGCUGCUUCGAGCACUAGCGACCAACAGUGCGGCCAGGGAAGUUUUAUGCAAGCAGGGACUGAUUCAAGAGUUGGUAGAGCACAAUUUGAGGAGAGGUACAAUUCAAGUACAGGAGGAAGUGAGGCAGUUGCUUUGCCUGGUUACUCGAGACAACGCACAGUCUACGAAAGAGUUGUGCUCGCUGUUAACGAACAGGGUAACGAUGACGUUGAGGGGCAGAGUCGUAACGUCCGACCUGUCCACUGCCGUGAGACAUGAAAUGGCUUUACUUGGAGCUCUUAUACAGAAGGAAGAUACUUGCUGGGAACAGAAAUUAAGAUGUGUGAUGCAACUUUUCUUGAUGGCCUGCAAAGAUUCAAAGAGUCCGGUUGUCAUGGAAAGUAUUAUACUGCCUUGUUUGAAGAUUCUACAGAGUCUGUUAAAACCUGAACAACCAAUCUCAAAGAAGAAUAAGGAUAAAACAAUCGAUUCAUUAGCAACGGUUCAACCACCUGAUGGUGUAAGUAUCGACUUGGCAAAGUGGUUAGAUGGAGAUUCAAAAUACUCUUAUGCAGAGUGGUUACAACGAAUGCCAGGAAAGAAGUCUGACUCUCAUCAAAAUAAGCCAUUGAAAAAGGAAGAAGCCCGCAUUCUCUAUUUAAGCGAAAAGUACGGCCAUCGGUGGUAUUAUCGCUGUAUGCGUCUUCGAGGUAUCCAGCCACUCAAACUUACCAAUGGGUCAUGGCUCAAGGAAGUCAUUUUCAAUCCAAGUUCACGUCUGGCUCGUCAAGUUGUUUGUAACAUGGUGGAGAACUUAUGUCAAGGUACCGACCGGAAGAAGGAAGUUUUACUCUUGUUGACUGGUUACCUUGAUGAGUUGUGCGUCGCUGGCGAGAAUUUAUUAGAGGCCCUUUGCACAAACAAGAAGGUCGCAGAACUGAUCGAAGAAGCCCGGCAACACACUCGUAGCGAGAAGAAACGCUUGGCUAUGGCCAUGCGGGAGCGACAACUUGGUGCGUUAGGUAUGCGAACCAACGAUAAGGGCCAGGUCACGGCUAGUGGUACGAUACUUCAGCAAAUGGAGGAUCUAGGCGACGAGACCGGCUUAGUAUGCGUCAUCUGUCGAGAAGGCUACAAAUUCAAGCCAAAUAUGGUUCUCGGUGUCUAUACAUUUACAAAGCGUUGCAAUGUCGAAGAAUUCGAGACAAAGCAGCGUAAGACUGUAGGUUAUACCACUGUCUCACACUUCAAUGUAGUUCACGUGGACUGUCACAUGUCGGCUGUGCGUCUGGCCCGAGCUCGCGACGAGUGGGAAAGUGCAGCUCUGCAGAACGCCAACACCAAGUGCAAUGGUCUUCUGCCACUAUGGGGACCGCAAGUACCCGAGUCGGCGUUCGCCAGUUGCUUGGCUAGGCAUAACACUUACCUGCAGGAAUGUACCGGCCACCGCGACAUCUCCUACUCGUCUACAGUUCACGAUCUCAAACUGUUAUUGUUGCGCUUUGCCCAGGAGAAGAGCUUCCACGAUGAUACUGGAGGCGGCGGUCCUCAAUCCAACAUGCACAUGAUACCCUACCUCAUUCACAUGGCACUUUAUGUUAUUAAUACCACGAGGUCAGCGUCAAGGGAAGACAAAGCUCUCAUCACUUACUUGGAAUCGAAUGCCGGUUCUCCUUGGCUGGAUAGUUGUUACGAAGCUGAGGGCCCGCUAUAUCAGUGUACCCUGUCCAUAUUAAUCUUGACACCGGCCCGUUGGAACAAGAACAAGUUAACGCAUCUUCGAAGACUGAUACUUCUCGCUCAUCAACGAUACGUAUCACCUUCGGCCACGACGAAAACUCUGCUCGACACCAAUGUCAAGGACUAUUCUGUCUACAAGAGCGUACUGAUUUUCUUCGGUCUUAUUGACAAUAUCUACGCACAUUUCUUUAAAAAAGUCAAUGUUUUGACUGAUGAUCAGUGGCCAGCUGUUUUGGCAGAAUACAUUAGACACAAUGAUGAAGCUCUGCUGAAAGCCUCCGAGAAAAUUCUCGCAGCUUAUCGAGAUGAGCUACUGCCUUGUGCCAGUUUCGAUGAAUUUUGCGAUGUCGCAGGACUGCUCGAAGAAAUUUCUAACCCCUCAACGUUUAUAAGCGAUCUUUUGCAAAGUCUCGCCUAAUCAAGUAAUGUUUUUUUUUUUAAUUUUAAUUGAGCCUUACAAAAAAAAAAACUAACACAAGCGUUCUUUUUUUAUUGAUUUGCUUUCUUUAACGAUUAUUAUGUGAUAAAAACCAAACAUGGUGCGCGUGCCGCACAGGGGUGCGCGAGACAGUAAAUGGAUAAAAUAUCUGAAAAAAAUUUUAUUGUUUUAUAGUCUUGUAAAAAUUGUAGGAUUUUUCUCGUUACAAAUUGCGUGUAAUUCAUCGCGUCACAUUUCAUUUAUGUGCUUAUAUACUGAAAUACAAUCUGUAAGUUUACGAAUCGUAAUUUGAAAUAAAUAUGGUAUACAUCUUAAAAAAUUAAA